CCCAUUCCGCAGGGUCCGGCGGGCGGGCGCGGUGCAAGCGCCUCCCCAGCAGGGCAUUGGUGGGCGGUGCUGGCUGUGUGACCCGCUCCGGGUGCACGGGCAAGGAUGUGGCCGCUGCUGCUGCUCCUGCUGAUGGCGUCGGUAGCGCCGGUGGCCGCUUACCUGUGCUGCGUGCGGCGGCACACGGGCAGCGCGGGGACCGGGGGGCGCCGCCGCCCGCACAGCGACCCCUGGGCACCGCGGCUGUGCGGAGCGGGGCUGCGCCUCUUCGUGCGAGUGGCCAACGCGGCUUUUGGACAGAUCUGCUUACUGCCAUUCUUAAUAAGGCUGAACAACUUCUCACUGAUGCGUUCGCUUGACAUUCAUGAAGAUCCCACGUUUAUCCCGGAGGUUGCUGCGGAGGUUACAGAAGACAAGUCUGAGGCUAAAAGCACUUCAGAUAUUAUUGAGCAGCUGAUAGAUACAAGGUCUGAUUCUCCUAGCAAUGGGUUUAGCUUCAAAGGCAUCAAAGACUACCUGGACUGCUACCGGAGUGGGAAGCUGACGCCAUCUCAGGUAGCAAAGAACAUCAUUGCCGUGCUGGAGGACUGCGACAAAUCCACACCCCCACUCAGAGCCAUAGUGCAAUGGGACCAGGAGCAAAUAAUGCUGAUGGCUGAGGCCUCCACUGCUCGUUACAGGAAUAAAUGUACCCUGUCUUAUCUGGAUGGCAUCCCAGUAUGUCUGAAAGAAGAGUUCAAAGUGGUACCUUACCAUCACCGAGUGGGAACAGUGUAUCUUGGGACAGAGCCUGAAACAGAAGAUGCUACAGUGGCCAAGAAGCUGCGAGAGGCUGGGGCUGUCAUUAUUGGAGUCUCAAAUAUGCAUGAACUAGGGACUGGAACAACUGGAUGCAAUCCUAACAGGUACCACAAGAUCCCAAGGAAUCCCUACAAGCCUAACCACUUCACGGGUGGGAGCUCCAGUGGGUCAGCAGCAGCUGUAGCAGCAGGUCUCUGCCCGGUGGCUAUUGGUACAGAUGGAGGUGGCUCUGUGAGGAUUCCUGCUUCAUUCUGUGGUGUGGUGGGGCUGAAAGGUACAUUUGGGCGCAUCAGUGCUCACGGCAGCUUGCCACUCUCCUACUCCACCGUCAGCGUAGGCCCUAUCUGUGCAUCAGUGGCAGAUGCAGCCAUUGUUUACAGUAUCCUCGCUGAACCAGAUCCACUCUAUCCAUACGGACUAAAACAGCCCAAAGCAACCCUAUCUGAUAUGUGUGCUCCUGACCUGAAAGGCUUAAAACUAGGAGUGGACUGGACAUUUUUUAAGGCAUGUGAUGCUGAAGUCCUGUCCAUCUGUGAGAAAGCUGUGGAGCACUUGCAGAGUCUGGGAGCCAGCGUGGUUGAAAUACCUCUUCCAGAGUUGGAAGAGAUGCGAGUAGCACACGUAAUCUGCAUUCUCAGUGAGAUGAGGGACUUCCUGCAACCUGACUUCAAUAAACAUUUCCAGGAAAUGAAUUUGGAGACACGGGCUAACCUGGCUUUGGCUUCUCAGUUCACAGCUCUGGAUUAUAUUACGGCAAAUCGACAGAGAACUCGGAGCAUGAGAUUUUUGCGAGACAUCUUCACCACUGUGAACUGUAUCCUUACACCAGGUGUUCCUUCCACUGCACCAAGAAUCUAUGAAUCUGACCUUUUGACUGGAAGCAGUGAUUCUUCCUUCACAGUCCGGUCCAUGAGGUUCAUGCAGCUUGGUAACUUCACUGGGAUUCCAGGCAUUGUGGUCCCCAUUGGAUAUUCUACUGCUGGGCUUCCCAUCAGCUUCCAGGUCAUGGCAAAAUGGUGGGAUGAAGCUGUUCUUCUGAGGAUUGGCCUGAAGCUAGAGCAGUUCCGUUACCAGACCAAAAAGCCAUCCAUUUAUUACGACAUCCUUGCAUAACAGAGUGAUCACAAUGUGGAAUAAGUCUUUUUAUUCCUAGUUUGACCUGACCAAGUGUUAGAGUGGACUGGUUUUCAGUGUUCAUCCGAGUAAGGGUUAGUAGCAGGCCCAUUUGAGGAAUGGGGAGGAACACUUGUCUAAGCAGGCACUGAUGCUGAGCAGACACCAUUUCAGCUCUGUUUGUUAUUGGAUGGCCUGAUUUAUACUGGGGAGGCCAAUUGUGCUAGCUAGUUCCUUGCUGUGUUUUUGCUAACAGAGGAAGCUGCAACUAUCUUCUUCAACUUCUUUCCAUCGGGAGGUCCUGUGCAAAGAUGGAAGACGGUUCCACCUGCAGCAAAGUAUGUAGGCAGUUCAUACUGUGAAUGGAAAGGUACACUCUACAGACCUUAAACCUUCUCACAGAACUCCUGCUGCUCCAGGAUAUAACAAAUGCACUCUUUUGAGAGGAGACGGCAGAAAUAAUGCCUUGCUCCCUUUAAAUGAGGAUCUUAAACUACCUGACUGCAGGUGUAUUUAUGUUUUGCUGCCUUACUUAAAGAGUCCCUCAGAGCAAAAUAGAAAGCCAGUAGCUAAGGAAGUGUCACUGUACUUCUGUCCCUUAAGCUGUAAACAGUGUAAAAUCAGUCUAAUUCUUGCACAAAGUAUGGGUGUGCUCACUGCAUAAACAGCCCUACCUACCUUCAGCCUUCAUGGAAGGGGAAAAGACAGCAGGGCAUAAGCCUCAUCAACUUGGUGACCCACGUCCCUGGUGCAGGCUUCUGCCUUUCUGUUGCACAUCUCUAUUUCCCAAGCUAAGCCUUGGAGAACCUCCUUUCUCCUACUGGUUGGUUAAGUAUAAGCUCGCUAUCAUUUAGGUGUUCGAAUGAGGGAAACUACUUGGCAAUGCUGGGAAAUACUGUCUAAGGGGUGCUGAUCCAGCUAAUACAAACAGGUGAAGUUUGUAGGAAACGCUACUGAACUACUGCAAGAAUUGAAGCUGGGUGCAAGAAUGGUGUUGCACAAAGCCUUGUGCAGCCAAAGAGCCACCUCUGGAGGUAAUAAGCCACCACCCUCUUAUCCCAAGGUAGUCAAGGUAGCCUUAAGACCUGGAUUAAAGAUGAAGCUAACGUAUGUGAAGCAAGACAUUGCUCUGCGCCACAGUACUAUUUCACUGGAAAGCCCCAAACUGAACUCCUAAGUACCUGUGUCCUGCCAGUAGCACUAGGGCCUGUGAAAGGAAAGAAAAGGCCUAGAAGUAACAAAAAAUCUAAGCCGCCUUGUUCAUUUUGGAGUAGCUUGAGGUUAAUGCUCAGAGACAUCUGUUGUCUACCCCAUCGGGUAUCCUGGGUUUGUGACCAGGCUGCUGGAGAAGCCAUCUUAGAUACCAGAGCAAAGAUCAUCACUGUAUUCUUUCUUGGCUUGGAAGGAAAGAAGGAAGAGAAAGUAGUUGCAAUUUCUCCAAAACUCGGUACAGUUUGG